AUGACGGAUCAGCAUUCAGCAGACCAGUCCUCGGGAAUCAAUGGACCCGGACAGCAGCGGUUUGUGCAGCAGCAGCAUCAACAGCCUCCCGGAAUGCAGCAGCAGAACAUUCCUCCAGGAGUGCCUCAAUGGAGCCCCACACAACAGACUCGAACAGAUGCUAUUAUCGUGCAGACAUUGCAGCAGCUUCAGCAACAACAGACCGUCACCAAUCAACUCCUCCAACAGCGGCGUGAAUCAGCCCAGCAGCAUCAGGGAUUUAUGCAGCAGCAAGAAAAUUUAUUCCGAAAUGCACUUUCGACUAUACAAGUCAACGUUCCUCCCAGUCCCGAAGUUAUUCUGGACUCUUUGGCUGGAAAUAUUCGUGAGUUCCAGUACGAUCCAGAAAAUCACAUCACAUUCGCAGCAUGGUAUGCCAGGUACGAGGACUUGUUCGCCAAGGAUGCGGAACGGCUCGACGACGAAGCCAAAGUAAGGUUACUGCUCCGAAGACUGGGUACGAAUGAGCACUACAGGUACGUCUCAUACAUCCUACCUAAUGCUCCGAAGGAUUUCACGUUUAUCGACACAUUGAAGAAACUGGAGGGACUUUUCGGCAUGAAUGAGUCCACAGUUAAGAAACGAUACUGUACAUUAACCGUUACGAAAGCCCCGACGGAGGACUAUGUUACGUUCGCUUGUCGGGUGAAUAAAAUCUGCGUGGAGUUCGAGUUGGCCAAGUUGACGGAAGAGCAUUUGCAAUGCCUUAUGUUCAUUUGCGGUCUGAAGUCGGAGUGCGAUGCGGAGGUGCGCACCAGAUUGUUGACGAAAAUCGAAGACAACAACGAUGUCAUCUUAGAAGCACUUAUGGAAGAGUGUCAGCGGUUGAUAAAUCUAAAGAGCGAUACUGCUAUGAUAGAAAGUUCUGGACGUGUUCAGAUCAUCAAGAGGAACUUUCAGCAACGGGAACAGUAUGGUAAGCGGUUCAGAGAUCGUCCAAAAGGAUCACCAAGAAACGAAGAAGAGCGCAAAAGUCCGGCAACUCCUUGCUGGAACUGUGGUGCGAUGCAUUUUUCUAACCACUGCGGUGUCAAAAGUCACAAGUGCGCCGAGUGCAAACAGUUCGGCCAUAAGGAGGGCUAUUGCUCAAGCGCAAAGCGGUCUACGAAGGCAUCAAAAUAUCAGCUACGAAGAUUCUCCACCAAAACCGUUAUUGCAUCGGUCAGCAGCGUCGAGUGCAAGUGUCGUUACGUGUGGGUAAAGCUGAACGGUGCUCCUGUAAGAUUGCAGCUCGACACAGCGUCUGAUACUACUAUCGUGUCCGAAAAGGUGUGGAAUCGGAUCGACCAGCCAGCAGGUGUUCCUGCGAGUCAGACCGCCAAAUCAGCAUCGGGAGAAUCACUGGACCUGCAGUGUGAGUUCGUCAGUGACGUCAAAAUCAAUGGCACGACGCAUAGCGGUCGCAUCUUAGUUUCUACACAUCCAUUGAAUCUGCUCGGAAUCGAUCUCAUCGACAAGUUCCAGCUUUGGUCAUUACCAAUGGAUAAAUUUUGUAAUUUCGUCGGUGGUACCAACGAUAUCGUUUCUCUGCAGGAAGCGUACCCGAAGCUGUUCAGCGAGACAUUGGGGCUUUGCUCCAAAUCUAAAAUUCAACUUUCGCUGAAGGAAGCGUGUAAGCCAGUCUUUCGUCCAAGAAGGCCGGUUUCAUACGCUAUGUUGCCAACUGUGGACAAAGAACUAGACCGACUAGAGUCUCUGCAAAUUAUUUCACCAGUGGACUAUUCAGAGUGGGCGGCUCCAAUAGUCGUAGUGCGAAAGGCCAGCGGCAAUAUGGAAGUGAAGGAAAGUUGCCGCCAACUACUCACCAUCAACACCCAUCGGGGACUGUAUCAGUACAACAGGUUGCCUCCUGGUGUCAAAGCUGCGCCGGAAGCAUUCCAGCAGCUGAUGGACACGAUGUUGGCAGGUUUUCCGUGUACUGACGGCUACCUAGACGACGUGGUUGUUGGGGGUAAAGAUGCACAUGAACAUCAGCGUAAUUUGCAUGCAGUGCUGCAGCGGAUUGAAGAAUUCGGAUUCACAAUUCAGCCGGAAAAAUGCUCAUUUGGCCAGCAGCAAAUCCGUUACCUGGGUCAUAUCUUAGAUUGUCAUGGGCUUAGACCAGAUCCAGCUAAAAUCCAGGUCAUAAAGGACCUACCACCACCGAAGGACAUCACGGGAGUACGCUCUUUCCUGGGAGCCAUAUUUGUUCCAAACAUGCGGACUCUCAGGUUUCCGCUAGAUCAGCUCCUGAAGAAUUCAUCAGCAUUUGUGUGGACGCGUGAAUGCCAGCAGGCGUUUGAAAAAUUCAAAAAAGUUCUGUCGUCAGAAUUGCUUUUAGCACAUUAUGACCCGAAGCAAGAAAUAAUUGUCUCAGCAGACGCUUCUUCCAUCGGCAUUGGGGCAACAAUUAGUCACAAGUAUCCCAAUGGCCACGUUAAAGUGAUUCAACAUGCAUCUCGUGCGCUUACACCGGUUAAACAGCGCUACUCACAAAUUGACCGGGAAGGAUUGGCAAUAAUUUACGCUGUUACCAAAUUCCACAAAUUUAUCUUUGGGAGACGGUUUCGGCUUCAAACCGACCAUGCACCGCUUCUCAGAAUUUUCGGGUCCAAAAAAGGAAUUCCGAUCUAUACAGCCAAUCGCCUUCAACGGUGGGCAUUAUCGUUGCUCUCCUACGAUUUUUCGAUCGAGUACAUUCAGAGCGACAAGUUCGGCAAUGCUGACGUUUGA